AUGACGACGACUGCACAAGGAGGUAUCUUUGGUCCAUUCCUAAUCAUGCAGCUUCUAACAAUAGCAGUAUGGUUUUACAUGUACUUCAAGAGAAUUCCCUUCUUGUUUGGAUACGUGGAAAAACAUAAGGGUGAAAUGACAAUGGAUGACAUUGGGGACCCAAAAAGUCGGCACUUUAUUACCAAUAUCACUCCAGACUCUGUCCGAAAUCCUUCGGAUAAUUUGAAGAACUUGUUUGAAGUUCCAAUUCUCUUCUAUGCCAUGGUAUUCUACUUGUACGCUACCGAAAAAGUGGAUACCGGAUACCUCACAGCUGCCUGGAUCUUUGCAAUACUCCGAUGCGUUCACAGUGUUAUCCAGAGUACCUUCAACAACAUUACCUUACGAUUCCAAGUCUAUGCCUUUUCGUGCUUUGCACUAUUCUACAUGGUGCUGAGAGCCUCAAUUGCGCACUUUUUGUGA